AUGUUUGAGGACCUUCUCAAAGCCGCCAAAGCGCUGAAGAAAUCGCACUCACCCCCGGAAAUUCCCGAGGCCCUCUCGCGAGCUAUUCCCAGUGAGGCUGCACUCCAACAUGUUAAGAGUCUUUUAGAAAGCGAUGAUGCCGAUCCGGUCGCGCGCCUGUGGGCUACAUAUGCCAUCGUGAAAAACGGCAAGCUCAUCCAGCCCGACGAUGCAGGUAGAGACGCCGAAACGGCCGCUCUCAGAGACAUCGCCGUCGCCGUCGGUGAGCUCAUGGCACCGGUGUGUUCCGGCACCUCGCUAGACGAAGAAGACGACGACACAGACUGCGCCCUCCUCGCGCUGAAAGGCUCGCUGGGCCUGCACAUCCUAGACCAGCUAACCAAAGCGCACCCCUCGGCUCUGACGCUCCAAGCGCAGUCCCUCAUCUCCAUCGUCGCCUUCACGGACCCGACGGACCCCUGGACGACGCCCGCAACCAGCCAUCUCGCACGCGCCGUGCUCGAAGCGCACUUCCGGAAUCCCUCUCCGUCCCUGUCCCCCUCUCCUACCAGCGCCAGCAACACGACCAGGAACAGAACCCCAGAAAACCAGGCCCGACCCACCGAGCAGAACGAUGCGCUCACGAGAUUCAUCACCGAAGAUGUCCUGUCCAGCUUCCUGCGCGGCCUGUUCGCCAAGACGCCGCGGCCCGCGACGGUGACGGCGUCGGGGCGCAAGGCCGAGUUCGUGCAGCGGACGCGGUACGACCACCGCGGCGGCGAGACGGAGGAGGCGGCGGACGCGAAGCCGUGGAAGUACGCGCGGCGGUAUGCCGUCACGGUUUUCGCGUGGGCGGUCGAGAGGGCGGAUCAACCCCUCCUCCAGAAGCACUGGCACAAGUACACCCCCAUCCUCCUAACCCUCCUCGACGAGCCGCCGCGAGCGCACCCCUCUACCCCCACUACCCCCAGCCUCAGGGUCCGCGCCCUGCACAUCCUCCGCACCUUCUGGGCGCGCUGCCCGCCGGGCCUGAUGCGCGACACGGGUCUAGCCGACGUCCUCGAGCAGGCCGUCUUUCCCACCGUACUCUACCUGCCGGGCCUGACGCCCGAGGACGAGGCGGUCGCGCUAUUGGGGGCCGCGUACCCGGCGCUGUUCGAGAUGGCCGGUGUUGUUGGGCCGCCCCAGACCCAGCAGGAGGACGCAGACGACGGGAGCGACGAUGCGGACGGUGGUGGGGAGAAUAUGCAAGGCAAUCGGGAGUUCACGGAUGCGCAGCGGAGGCUGCUGGACAAGAUUGUGAGGCAGGGCAUCAUGGUGGGGUAUCACCAUGCGAAAGGGCAUGUCCGCCUCGUGGAACUGUUUUGCGAGAAGCUGCGCUGUCUUGUGAACGGGAUGGGUAUACUGGCUAUCAAAUACCUGAAGGACUUUAUGCCCAUGGUCUCCGAGAUCAUGACAGACCCCUUCGGGACCAAACACCCGCCUGCUCUCCUUUCGGCCACAAAACUCCUGCAGGCAAUCUUGCGCGCAUGCUGGCCGAGAAUACCACACUACUGUAAUGAAGUCAUUAAGAUCCUGAUGCUCUGUUGGCUGAACAUCGAGGAUGAGGAAUUAUAUCCGGCUGGCAGCCCAACCCCGACGGAGGUGAGAGCCGAGCUGACCAAGACUGCCGAGAUGCUUUCAGCGACCAUGAUGGCAGCCAGAGUGGACAUGACCGAGCGGGUGGGCACUCUCAUUGAGAAAGAGCCCGACUUGCGCAGCCUGUUCAAAAGCGCUGAGGCGACAUGA